AAGUCGGAGGCAGCAAGAUGGCGGCCGCUGAGGAAGGUUGCGAUGUUGGGGUCGAAGCGGACCGGGAACUGGAGGAGCUUCUGGAAAGUGCUCUUGAUGAUUUCGAUAAAGCCAAACCCUCCCCAGCACCCCCUCCUACCACCUCGGCCCCUGAUGCAUCAGGGCCCCAGAAGAGAUCGCCAGGAGACACGGCCAAAGAUGCACUCUUCGCCUCCCAAGAGAAAUUUUUCCAGGAACUGUUCGACAGUGAGCUGGCUUCCCAAGCAACUGCAGAGUUUGAGAAGGCAAUGAAGGAGCUGGCAGAAGAAGAGCCCCACCUGGUGGAACAGUUCCAAAAGCUCUCAGAGGCAGCUGGGAGAGUGGGCAGUGAUGCAAACUCUCAACAAGAAUUUACUUCUUGCCUAAAGGAGACAUUAAGUGGGCUAGCCAAAAAUGCCACUGACCUUCAGAAUUCAGGCAUGUCUGAAGAGGAGCUUACCAAAGCCAUGGAAGGACUGGGCAUGGAUGAAGGGGAUGGGGAGGGGAACAUCUUCCCCAUCAUGCAGAGUAUCAUGCAGAACCUGCUGUCUAAGGAUGUGCUGUACCCGUCCCUGAAGGAGAUCACGGAAAAGUAUCCGGAAUGGUUGCAGAGUCGCCAGGAAUCUAUUCCUCCAGAGCAGUUUGAAAAGUAUCAGGAGCAGCACAGGGUCAUGGGCAAAAUAUGUGAACAGUUUGAGGCAGAGACACCCACGGACAGCGAGGCUACUCACAGGGCUCGUUUUGAGACGGUGCUAGAUCUUAUGCAGCAGUUACAGGACUUAGGCCAUCCUCCAAAAGAGCUGGCUGGGGAGAUGCCUCCUGGCCUCAACUUUGACCUGGAUACCCUCAAUCUAUCGGGCCCACCAGGUGCCAAUGGCGAACAGUGUCUGGUCAUGUGAAACACAGCUCGCUUUCUUCCUUGAGUCCCAGCCAUGGGGAACAUCUGGAGUCAGCAGAACCAUUGGGAACUGAGGCAGAAGUGUCGUCUCUGGGAGCUGGCUGCCCCACACUACAUCCCAUUCAAGACUGCCAUACCAGCUGAGGGUCUGUUCUGUAGGCAUUUCUGUGAGCCUUACUCCAUCAUGAGUUCUGCUGUUAGAAAUAGGCCAAUUAAUUGCCAGGUAAAGGAAGGCAUCCUUUUCAGGGCAUUUCACUCCUUCCCGGUCCCAGAAAUAUUGUUAUAUAUGGCUGUACUCAUGUUCCCCUUUAUUCCCAGGGACUUGGUGCCUUGUUUCUACUUCCUGUCUUGGAUCUGGGGAGCAGGAGCUGAGUCCUAAGACUUUGUGUUUCUAAUAGGUGGAGCCUCUGGGAUGGGGAGAAAUGUAGCCUGCCCUGGGGCUGUAGGUUUGGCAGCACAUCUCCUUGCCUUCAUUUUGAACUCUCUGAAGGGAAAGGACUUUUGCACUUACCUGUGGUCAGGAUGGAAGUGAAGCCCUAGGUUUUUUCUGUCCCUAGGUGCUGUGCCCUUAGUUUCCCUUUCCUCCUGAGAACUUAAGUGGCUACCCUGGUUCUUUCUACAGCUCUCUGAUUUGGGUGAACCGAGCUCUUGACCUUCCUUUGCUGCCUGGCUGUCCUCUUACCUCCUCUCUUUAGAUUUUUAUUUAUUCCAGGCCCUCUGAACCAAUGUUGUGAUUAAUGAAGGCCAAUCUUGUUUCCUUUCAUCUAGUACCUGUACCAUUCUCACUAGACCCUUCUCUUCCCUGGCCAACACAUAAUUGUAGUGUCAGAAAUGGUGAAUGAAUGGCCAUUCUACCCAGAUACAUUCUGGUUUACUUGAUGAUAUCAGAUUCCCUAGACUCCUUGGUUCAGGAAGGUGUUUGGGAACGGGAUGGAGCCCCAGGGGACAGUAUCUAAUAAACGUUCUGAGUGCAUGUGUGGGUCGUUUGUCAUCCAGGUCUGUUAGGAGAUGGUUCUGUAUCAUAGUAUAACACAUGACCCUGCCCUCCAGCUCAGACUGCCCUUCCUUUGGUAAAAAGAUACUGUCUUCA